AAGACGCACACAACUGGAGAAGUGACAUGAAAAGCUCUCCUCCGAGAAGUGUUUUUGUUCGUCUUGGAAACUUUUCGAACAAGACUGAAAAAGGAAACGAGACGCGAACGGCAUCGGUUUCGAACGAACAGCAUUUGUCACUUUGAAGGAGGAGAAGCAAGAGAACGAGAAGCACCACACCACCCACCACCACCAUCAUCUUCAGCAACAACGACCCCCCCCCCCUUACACGAUCAUCAUGUGGACAAAGUCGUUGGCCUUUAGUGCAUCAGGAUAAGUUCGAAUUGGAUCGAGGAGACAAAAUGUGACCCAGUACACCAAGAUGGUGUGGGACGGUGUUGAGUUAGUUUCAGUGUUCCUCGUGUCCAUGGUGCUCCAGCUCCAGGAGGGUGGUUGCCAAGGAUACGAUUGCUCGCGAGUCUCGCCCAAAUGGGACCAAUAUAACGGCAAACCAUUCGUUCAAUUGGCAGACGAGCAGAGUCUGAAAGUGGAAGUGGCUUGGAGUUGGGGGUCGGUCUUGGCCGGUUCCAGUUGUGUUCAGGCCUUCGAGGUCGAGCACCAAGAGUUCGGCAAAGGCCGCAAGACCUGGAGUCAGUGGUCGUCCUUGGUGAAUUGUGCCAUUGUGGUCCAAGACCAUCUGGACAUACAGGAGGGGAAUUUCACGUGCCACAAAUUCCUCUCCUCCAUUGAUUGUGACAAAAGGGAAGCCAGUCAACCAACUUCAUUGCAUUCGACCAUUCGACAAACACACCAAAGGGCUAAAAUGAAAGUAACACACGAUACGUACUCUUCGAAGUGAAUGAACUGAAAGCUAAGAUAUCUUUAAUCGCAAAUGGUAACAGGAAAAUGUCCCUCAAGCACUUGUUCCUGAAUGUGUACAUAAUUAACGGGUCCCACAGGGUCCCAGAUGAUCGAGAAGAAAGGGAUGGGCCGCGGCUUAAUUCAAUGAUUCGUGAUGGAUUAGGUGAUAUGGAAAAAAAAUCAAACUUAGUCAGGGCAAUGAAGUUGGCAUGGACUGGUUUUAUGUAGGAUGCGCUUCCGAGUGCUAAUGCACAAUAUCUUUAACGAGUACAGAGUAGUGACGCCCUCUCGUUACGAAGAGGCCCUUAUACAGUGCCGCCCCAUCUAUCAAAAGAUCACCCAGGCCAUUCCGGUGAGCUCGAUCCGAUCCAAUCUGUUCCUGGUCAGAGUGCCUCAUCGAAGACGUUACCAAAGACCAACUCGCAAACCAGCCAUUCCAGACAGGGCAACCACGCCCAUCCCUACUGCCCGGCCCACCAUGGCCACGAUUGCCACAAUCGCCUCCACCGCCACCACCACAACUUCAACCACCACUACACAGCCUAGAAAUUUGGAUCCAAUCCAAGAUGAGAAUGGAACGGAUAUCAGAGGGAUUCUCUCCAUGGAAUAUCCCAUUCCCAAUGAAGUGCCCAAGCAUAUCCAUAGAGAUACGUUUGUGCUACUUUCCGGCAAAUUUGCCAAGAUUGACAAAACCAAGAAGUAUGAAGUUCGUCACAAUCUCAAAGAUUUUGAAGCCACGAGCCAACAUCUUCAGUACUGUGGUAAAUAUUACGUCCAAGACGUUUCCGACGAAUGCGAUGUGGAAAAGGUCAUCCGCCGAGGGAUGCAUCUGUGUCUAACUAGUACCAACGACUUUGUUCCGAACCCGGAAGUGGAAGCGCACCAAGGGCGCAAGUUCAAACUAUUUGUGAGCCCCAAAUGCUCUGGGGUAUUGUCAUUUGCGCAGAAAUUGCGACAAUGCUUCUGUGAUGAACCCCGAUCAUUCAUUGUGGCCUAAUAUAACCUAAUAUUCUUGAAGCUAUGAGUGUUUGGCAUGAUUAUCUACUAAAGGAAUGGCCAAUCAACUUCCUACAGUAAACGAAAUAUGUUUUAUCUUCUUCACUUCAGAGGGCACUUUGUGAGUGAGGCUCUACCAAUGAGGUAUAGGGUUGGUUUGGCCGAUUCUUCUUUAUGGAAUUUUUGAGUGGGGACCAACAUUGCCCUGAUUUUUACACCCACACCCUGUAUUUCGCCCAAAAUUCCCCCUAAACAUGACCAAAACCCUUCAAUUUCCCCGAAAAUUCUGGGUUUUAGGUUAUUCUCUGGUUAAAAUUCAUGAAAAAGGUUUUUUGCCCAAAAGUGACCAGAAUAGUUGAAAACUUAAUGUACCCUAAAAAGUUCUUUCCCACCCCUAAUGAUUAGUGAUCCAGGUCACAUAAUGUCAGGAAAAAAUUGCACUCAUGCCCUGUUACUAGUAGUUUAUUUAGCAAUCUACUGCACCUCUUCCCUUUGUCUGUCGUUGUAAAUGAGGGCCCAUAUAUAUGUGGCGCCCUGACAAAGGCAAAAAUUUACAAAAUAUAAGCAAUCGACAUAGAUUAAA